AGGCGCUGACACCGCAUCCGGUUGAUCCCAUCCAGACACUGGGAGCCCGGAGCUGGAGCAAGCCCCUACGAUGUGGCUGACGGUGGCACUGGCGGUGCUGUGCUGGGCGCUGCUGUGGCUGCUGCGGGACCGGCAGACGCUGCCGUCGGUGCAGGACAAGUUUGUGCUGGUGACGGGCUGCGACAGCGGCUUCGGGCGGCUGCUGGCGCGGCGCCUGGCGCGGCGCGGGUACCGCGUGCUCGCUGCCUGCCUCACCCCCGCCGGCGCCGAGGCGCUGCGCCGCGGCUGCCCCGGGCACCUCCGCACCACCCUGCUCGACCUCACCCGCCCUGACAGCAUCCGCUGCGCCAUCGAGUGGGUGAGCAAUGAGGUGGGCGACAGAGGUCUCUUUGGGCUGGUGAACAAUGGAGUGGCCAAUCCCAUCGGCCCCACGGAGUGGAUGGUGCUGGAGGACUAUCGCCAGGUCAUGGAUGUCAACGCCUUUGGAGCCAUCGAGGUGACGCUGCUGCUACUGCCACUGCUGAAGCGGGCGCGGGGCCGUGUGGUCAACACCUCCAGUGUCCUGGGCCGCCUUGCAGCAAAUGGCGGUGGCUACUGUGUGUCCAAGUACUGCAUCGAGGCCUUCAGUGACAGCCUGCGGCGUGACAUGUACCACUUCGGGGUCAAGGUGAGCAUUGUGGAGCCUGGGUUCUUCAAGACAGCAGUGACGGACCUGGAGAGCAUCGAGGGAUCCCUGCGGCAGCUCUGGGAGCGGCUGGCACCUGAGACGCGCCUCAGCUAUGGGGAGGACUAUUUCCAGCAGUACCUCAAGGUGCAGCGCUUCAUCAUGAACCUCAUCUGUGACACGGACCUGGCCAAGGUGACGUGGUGCAUGGAGCACGCACUGAGCGCCCGCUACCCACGCACCCGCUACAGUGCAGGCUGGGAUGCCAAGCUGCUCUGGCUCCCCGCCUCCUACCUUCCCACCUGCAUCGUGGACCUGGUCCUGGCCACCAUCCUGCCCAAGCCUGCCCAUCGCGUCCGCUGACCCCCCAGACCAAGCUGUGCU